GCCAAGCCAUGAAACUUCACUUCAUACUAGUAAGUCCAAGACUAUAACUCACACACCAUUACAGAUUCUCGGAUAUAAUAUGGCUCAAGCACUGUAAGAUUAGGCAACCAAGAGGAUGGCGGUCGAUGGGAGCUAAUAAGGGGAUUGGAUUAGAAAUAUGUAGACAAUUAGCCUCAAGUGGAGUUAUUGUGGUAUUAACUGCUAGAGAUGAGAAACGUGGCAUUGAAGCUGUGGAGAAACUUCAAACUUCUGGACUUUCAGAUGUAUUUUUCCAUCACCUUGAUGUCAUGCACCCAACUAGCGUUGCUUCCUUGGCAGAUUUUAUCAAGACACAAUUUGGGAAGCUUGACAUACUGGUAAAUAAUGCAGCAAUUACUGGAGUAGUUAUCGAUGAGGAAGCUCGAAAAGAUUUAAAACUUGGGCCUGAUGACGUUGUAGGUGACAAGGCUAAAUUGCUCAAGGAAGUUAUUAAGGAAGGUUACGAGGGGAUAGAAGCCUGUAUAAGAACAAACUAUUAUGGUGUUAAGAAAGUGACAAAAGAGCUUUUAUCUCUUCUUCAUCAAUCAAAUUCAGCCAGACUUGUUAAUGUCUCCGCUACAUUGGGGCAGCUUCAGUUUAUGUCUCAUGAAAGAGCUAAGGAGAAGCUAGGAGAUGUUAAUGGGCUCACAGAAGAGAAAGUGGAUGAGGUGGUGAAGGAAUAUUUGAAGGAUGCAAAGGAGAGAUUGUUGGAAACUAAAGGAUGGCCUACAAAUUUAUCUGCUUAUACGGUCUCCAAAGCCAGCUCUUAACGCCUACACAAGGGUUUUGGCAAAGGCAUAUCCCAAUAUUGCCAUAAAUGCAAUAUGUCCCGGAUAUGUGAAAACAGAAAUAAAUUAUAAUACUGGGAUAUUGACUGUUGAAGAAGGUGCAAAAGGUCCUGUGAUGCUAGCUCUUAUGCCUCAUGGUGGCCCUUCAGGCCUGUUUUUUAGUAGCACGGAAGUAUCAAUCUUUUAAUAGAUAAAAUGUGGUAGAAUUUGGAAUGAGGGUUUAGAUAUCGAUCUAUGUAUUUAUAAGGCCCUAGAGGAGAAAUAAAGCUCAGCUGCUACUUGAUUUUAUUUUUUAUUGGCCUUAGAAGCUCCUCAUGUGUGUAUAUAUAUACUAUGUGUGUGCGUGUAUGCAUAUGAAACUGUUCCUAUAUGUGAGGGUAAAACUCAAGAUGUCAGCAUAUAUCUUCCAUAUUUGCAUAGUCAACACGGAGAGAGAAAGUAUCAAGGAUAUUUGUAACCCAAUAACUCUUGGAUAAGGC